AUGGCGUCCACAUUAGCUGACGUACGAGUCAUCGUCCUUGCACCAUCCUAUGAAGCACCUGUGACCAUAUCGAGAGUUCAGAGUGAGUUCCCACGAUUGGUAAUUGACCGAGAUGUGAAUGGGGUAUGGCGAAUCUAUCAAGCAUCCAAUCACGAUCAGAUAAUUUUUGACAGGUACACUAGGAAUCUUUUCAAAAUUGUGUAUCGGUGUAUCAAUCCAUACUGA